AUGCGUCUCACCCUCGCCCUCACCCUCCUCACGGCCACCCUCGGCCUCGCCAACCCCCUGGCCGACACCUCCUCCCCACACGAAGAACUCUCCACCCCCAUGGAAGCGCGCGAGGCCUCCCCCGAGCCCAUCACGGCGGCCAACCCGCUCCUCGAGAAGCGCGCCUGCAAGAAGAACGGGUGCAAGUGCGUCAAGGGCCUGAAGCAGGGCCAGUACUGCGGGGCGUGCAAGUGGAAGGGCAAGUACGUCAUCACGGCCAAGCGCAACCUCAAGCACAUCUACGAGUGCUCGAGCAGCGGCGCGUGCUGUGAUUAUGGUACGGGGAGCGAUUGCAACACGGGUCAUGGUCGUUGUGGGCCUUAG